CCAAAAUCAAUAUCAGGCGCCAAAUCUCUUCUCCUGCUGGAACUAGUGCGAGUUUUGGAUUUCCGAAGAUUUCUUUUUAUUUUCCUGAUUUUAGAGUUAAAUUUUCGAGGCUCUGCAAUUGCUAGCAACUGGAAUACACGAAUGGCUGACUCUUCGCCUCCGUCAAAGCGAAGCCGAAAGAAUCAAGAUGAAGAUGCAAACGACACGUCACCACUGUCGCCGGUGAUUGUCUUUGCUCACGGUGCUGGUGCUCCAUCCUCGUCCGAUUGGAUGAUCAGAUGGAAGAACAUGUUGGAAAAUGUUUUGCAAGCUGUUGAAGUGGUCACAUUUGACUAUCCAUAUAUUGCUGGUGGAAAGAAGAGGGCUCCUCCCAAAGCAGAGAAAUUGGUGGAGUUCCACAAAGAUGUUGUCAAAAAGGCUGUUGCUAAGCACCCUGGUCAUCUACUAGUUUUGGCUGGGAAAUCAAUGGAUUCUAGAGUGAGUUGCAUGGUUGCUGCUGAGGUUGACAUUGUACCAUCAGCUGUAAUUUGCUUGGGAUACCCGCUUAAGGGUACAAAUGGAGCUGUGAGAGAUGAGACGUUGUUGCAACUUGAAGUACCUGUAUUGUUUAUACAGGGUAGCAAAGAUGGGCUUUGUCCCCUCGAAAAGUUGGAAAUUGUCCGCAAGAACAUGAAACCGUUGAAUGAGUUACAUGUGAUUGAUGGUGGUGAUCAUUCUUUCAAGAUUGCCAAGAAGCAUCUUCAAACAAAUGGUUUAAGCCAAGAUGAAGCUGAGGAUCUUGCUGUUAAAGCUGCAGCAUCAUUUGUUUCCAGGUGUCUUAAAGGAAAGUGACAUUUCUACUGUUUUGAAUUUUAUCUCCCCCUCUUUUGACUGCUGGGUUCUGUAAAUUAUCAUAUCCCAAAUUCAGGAUGCUCAGACUAAUAUGUAGUUUUCUACUUGUCAGCCAAGGUUAGCUUUUAUUGUUCCUAAAAAAUCUCUAACUUUUGUCAGGUGUAGUAUAGGCUGCACAUAUUAUCAUUGUGGUUGGUUAUCUGCGCUGAAUUUGCAAGUUUUUUAUAUGGCUAACAACUGUUGUCAGAUUGAAGCAGUGGUCGUGGGUCAAUCUUCUAUUUCAAUUUGGCUGAUAUAGUGGAAGACAGCAUACAGAUUAUACAUGUGUCAGUGUGUGUGUGUGCACGCACGUGUGCAUAUAUACUUCAAUUUUUUAAUCAGUUA